AUGGAUGAUCGUCCCCUCAAGGAUUAUGAGGGCGUUGAGAACCCAGAGUUGGACGCAGAGUUUGGCGUUGAAGAAGUCAGGCAAGCCCUACACGACCUAAAUGGCAAAUCGGCACCCGGUCCAGACAAGAUCACUAACAAGGCCCUAAGGAACCUGGAUGACAAAUCAAUAGAGCACCUCACUGAGUUCAUCAACAUGUCAUGGAGCAACGGAAAUGUUCCAGCACUAUGGAAGAAGGCCACCGUCAUCCUUAUUCCCAAGCCUGGAAAGCCACCCAGUCUCGACAAUCUUAGGCCCAUCUCGCUCACUUCAUGUGUGGGCAAGGUAGCCGAGCACGCAAUCCUGAACAGGCUAUCCCGAUACUUGGAAGACAAUGACGUCUAUCCCCACCACAUGAUAGGCUUCAGACCUGGGCUUUCUACUCAAGAUGCCAUGAAGCUAAUCAAGAAUCAGAUCAUUGAUCGCAACACGAGGGACACGAGAGCCAUUCUUGGCCUUGACUUGGAGAAGCCCUUUUGCGGGGGCUACUUCUCGCAUUUGAUUGGAUCUGCGCGUGUACGGUACAAAGAAAAGAUUGAACUGUGCGAGAACGUCGAUCCCUACACACUCCGUCUGGGAACGGACACAAGUGCCGACGCCAGCCUGUUGCCGAGUGUCGCUCACGGUGACAUCGUCACCUACUUGGUAUUCUCCACCAGCUUUGUGACUCUGGACCAGAUGAAGGCCUACAAAGCGCUGGAGUCCCACAAUUAUUUCACGAGUGGUUGGGUCAAGAGUUUGUCAGCGAAGAGGCUCGGAGAAGACAAAGUGCUCCUACUUGGAGAGGUGAACCACUCUCAAAGGUUGGGAGAGUGCCCUCUAAAGGUGUGGGUGCUGUGCAAGCAGAGCGGCGCCGUAGUGACUGGACACUGUACCUGCAUGGCAGGGACUGGGGAGACAUGCUCACAUGUUGGUGCCUGCCUGUUCGCCAUUGAAACAGGUGCCCGGCUCAACCAGUCGACUACCUGCACUCAGAAGGAGAAUGCCUGGCUGCCGGCUUAUGUUGAGAAGGUGAAGUACAAAAGGCUUAAAGACAUAGACUUCAGUUCCUCGAAAGAAAAGAAGCGUCGCCUCGAUGCAACAAGCAGUGGAUCAAAAGAAACCAAAGUGCCAAAGCAACGAAAAGGCAUUUCAGCCCCAUCACCGACUGAGCUCAAGGAACUUUAUGCGGCAUUCAACACUACGGUGUUGUACCUGCUAUAUUUUCCCUGCUGCCCGACUAUUGUGAACGCUUUCAAGAACCCGUUCAAAGAACAGUUGCUCACCUGA